AUCAUAGUUGUAUAAUGGCUUUUCCACAGGAUGACAUGAUCGAAAUAAGUAGUGCUCACAAUCACAAACCAUAAGUCAAAAGCUAAGAGAGGCUCACUCCUAAAAGGGGUAAAGUAAAGCCCGACGUGGAGACUUCCCAUCCCUUUAAACACUGAUAUCAAAACCUCAUCUUCCCCAAAGAGAAAAAGAGGAAACUGCAUUACAAUUUACAACACACCCACAAACAUGAAUGUAGAGGAAGUCUUCCACAUGAACGGCGGCGAUGGCGCCAACAGCUACGCCAAGAACUCUCAUUUCCAGAAGAAGGCUUCUGAGAUGGUGAAGCACAUAACGAUCCAGACGAUCCAACAAGCCUACCUCUCGAUCCGGCCCAAUAGCUUCGGGAUAGCCGAUUUGGGCUGCUCCUCUGGCCCCAAUACGCUCUCCAUCGUCACAGAUUUGGUGGAAGCCCUCACCCGUGAAAUCACCCCGCCGCCGGCCGAGAUACGCGUCUGCCUCAACGAUCUCCCCACCAACGACUUCAAUUCCAUUUUCAGAUCCAUCCCGGACCUCUACCGUCAACUUCGCCAGGCCGGAACCGACGAUUUCGCCGGUGGGUCCUCGACCGUUUUCGUUUCCGCUCAUCCGGGGUCGUUUUACGGGAGGGUUUUCCCCACUUCUUCCCUCCACUUCGUUUACUCUUCGUACAGCCUUCACUGGCUAUCCAGGAUACCUCCAGGGUUGUAUGAUGAACAAGGGAAAUCAAUCAACAAAGGGAAAGUCUACAUUGCUGAAUCCAGUCCACCGAGUGUAUCCAAUGCGUACGUAGAUCAAUUCAAGGAGGAUUUCGCUUUGUUCCUCAGGUCGCGAGCAGAGGAGCUUGAUGCCCAUGGGAGAAUGGUGCUGAUCUUGACCGGGAGAAUCGGUCCUGACCAUGUGGAUAGAGGGAAUUCAUUGCUAUGGGAGCUGCUCUCUAGAUCUUUAGCCAUUUUAGCUGCUCAGGGGGAUAUUGAGGAAGGGAAACUUGAUUCCUAUGACGUGCAUUUCUAUGCACCAUGUAGGGGUGAGAUUGAAGCUGAGAUCAGGAGAGAUGGUUGGUUUCAGUUGGAGAGGUUUGAGACAUUUGGGAUGGACGUGAAAUUUGAUGAGGUUAAAGGGAGCUUUGGCAAAGAAGUUGCGAGGACUGUUAGGAGUGUACAGGAAUCGAUGUUGGGACACCAUUUUGGGGAAGGUUUGAGCUUGGACAGUUUGUUUGACAUCUUUGCUAGAUUGGUGGAUGAAGAAAUGGCCAUUCAGGAAAUCCAGCCUGCUAAUUUCAUCCUUGUUCUUAGAAAACUAUGAAAGCUUAUUCUCGGGUGAUCAAUAAUAAAUUAUGGUCCCAGUA